CAUUUAUUUCCGAAUAUCAAGACCUCCAUGUUAUCGACAGAAAUCCAAAUUGUUAAUGAAUGAAACAUUUAGGAUGAAGAUCAUUUUCUGCUUUUUUUCCUUUCUACACAUCGGAUGCAUAAUUGCAGGUGAACCACCCAUCAUACAGCCAUUCAGUUUUCCUGAAAAUUUAUCAGAAGGUGAUCAGGCUAGGCUAGGAUGCAUCAUAAAUAAAGGGGAUUCACCUCUGAAGUUUCGAUGGUUUCUGAAUAAUAAAGAAAUACAAAACGGAUCCCAAUUCCACAUCAGCACUCAAGCUAGCAUCUCUGUUCUAGAAGUGAAACAACUGAGUGGAUUUAGCAGAGGAAAUUUCACCUGCCAAGUAAAUAAUGCGGCUGGCAGAGACACAUACACUACAUUAUUGGCUGUAAACGCUCCUCCAAAAUGGAUAAAAGAACCGCAGAGUGUUGAAAUGGAGCUUGGAUCAGCAGUAACGCUGGACUGUGCUGCAUCUGGCUAUCCAGAGCCCCGGAUCACGUGGUCAAGGAUGAAAGGCUCUUUGUCGGUAGAUAGCCCACUAACAGUUCGGAAUGGCUCUUUGCAUUUCAAUCCCCUUCUGAAUGAGCACAGAGGAGAUUAUGUUUGCGAGGCCAGAAACAGCGUAGGUUUAAAACUAAGAAAAAUUAUAACACUCUCUGUUCUGGGUGAGUUUUAACAAAUUAUUUCAUUCAAUGAAUCUCCUGAGA